AUGCCGGGCAGGAGAGCCGCACGGGCAGCGCCCCUCCUUGCUUUGCUGCAGCUCGUUGGAGGGGUGGAUGGCGCGUGCAAUCCCUUCUGCGAGAAGAAGACCGACCCGUGGGAGUCGCUCUGCACCUGGAAUGGCUGCGACAGUUGCAGCGAAUGCUACGUCCAACCACCGCCUGCAAGCCCGCCACAAUGCCAGGGCUUCUGUGAAGCAAAGACGCAACCCUGGGACGCCCGGUGCAGCUGGGCCGGCUGCGGCGGCUGCACCGAGUGCGGCGCCGAGUCCGAGUGCAAGCCGUUUUGUGAGGACAAGACGCAGGCAUGGGAUGACAAGUGCACCUGGGAGGGCUGCAAGGGCUGCACCGAGUGCUCUCCCGCGCCGGCGUGCAAGCCGUUUUGUGAGGACAAGACGCAGGCAUGGGAUGACAAGUGCACCUGGGAGGGCUGCAAGGGCUGCACCGAGUGCUCUCUCCGUGCACCGGUGUGCAAGCCGUUUUGUGAAGACAAGACGCAAGACUGGGAUAACAAGUGCACCUGGGGGGGGUGCAACGGCUGCUCCGAGUGUUCCCCCGCGCCGGUGUGCAAGCCAUUCUGUGAGGACAAGACGCAAGACUGGGAUAACAAGUGCACCUGGGGGGGCUGCAACGGCUGCUCCGACACACUCCACUACGAGGCCCAACUGCCUGUCAGCGAGGAGGACACCACCAUCGGCAACAUCGUCGACACCGUGGAGGCGAGGCCGGCUGAGAGAUUCUCCGAGAUCGCCGCACCGUCUCUGACCACGGGCAUUUGCGCCCAACAGGCGGCCAUGGGGGCCACGGAGGAGUCUGAAAUCGAGCUCCUGCAGCAGUGCGUCAUGCCGAGAUAG